GUCAGAUCCCCUGUCCCCCUACACCAGUCUCUAUCCUGACAUCAAACAUCAUCACAGGUCAGUCCCUGUCCUCCUACACCAGUCUCUAUCCUGACAUCAACGUCAUCACAGGCAUUCUGAAGGACUACCUACGUGAGCUGCCAUCCUCCCUUAUCACCAGGACCUUGUACGAGGUGGUUUUGGAGGCCAUGUCUCUGAGACCUCCUCCUUCUCGCUCCUCCCCUGGAACCUCCUCUCCUGGCAGGAGCGAGGGAGACGAACAGCGCUCUCAGAGCACUGUGGCCCUACUGCAAUGUCUGCCUGAACCAGAGAGGGCCACCCUCUCUCUGCUCCUGGACCAUCUGAGCCUCGUUGCCUCCUACAGUGACUGUAACCGAAUGAACUGUCAGAACCUGGCUGUGUGUUUUGGCCCAGUGCUCCUGACCCCCACCCAGGAGUCCUGGAGACCCACUGCACCAGGACAGGGCGGGCAGGGCGGGCGCGGGGGGAGCUGUGGAAGGGGCGGACGGAGUUUUGCUCACAGCGAGGAGAUCGCCAGUGCUGUGGACUUCAAGAGACACAUCGAGGCCUUGCAUUACCUGUUGCAGCUCUGGCCCAUUCCUACAGACAGAGUGACAGACAACCCCGACCCUCCCACCCUCCUCCAGCCCUCCUCCAGUUCAGACACGCCUCCUUCCCCUCCCAGCCCCAUGCCCCAUAACCCCCUGCCUCGGCGCUGCCAGCGUGGCCUGUCGCUGCCUCUGGACCUCCCAGGGGACGACGUGGGCGUGGUGUCGCGACGUGGACGGGGCCGACUGGAGAGCCCGCCCUGUAACCGGUAUGCUGGUGACUGGAGUGUGUGUGGGCGGGACUUCCUGUCCGGAGGCGAUGCGGACUACGACGAGGUGGCAGGGAGCGACAGUGAGGAAGAGGAGGAAGAGAGGGAGGUGAAGAAGGUGGAGUGGACUCAGUACGUAGACGACUUAGUUCUGGACUUUGACGCCCCGUUUACCUGCAGACUGAGUCUCAAAGACUUUGAUACGCUGAUAUCAGACCUGGAGAGAGAGCUGUCCAAACAGAUUAACAUCUGUCUCUGAGAGGGAGAGGGAGAGGGAGAGGAGAGGAGAGGAGAGGAGGGGAGAGGAAAGGAGGGGAGGAGAGGGGAGAGGAGGGGAGGGGAGAG